AUGAUUCGACGUUUAAUACAUUUAUUUGAUUAUCGAUCACCAUUUAAACGUUCUCGACGACGUUUAUUCUACCGUUCGUUUAUAACUUGUAUUAUUAUUCUUAUUAUUUCACCGUUUUUUAUUGUACUUUUCCAUUCGAUUUCAAUCAUUCGAUUAAGUCAUUCUAAGUCUCAUUCGUCAGAUAUAAUCAUAUCAUUGACAAGUAAUCCUACCAGAUUUCAUUAUGAACUUCCAUUAACUAUUCAUUCAUUAUUAUCUCAAACAAGAUUACCAAAACAAAUUCGUAUUUAUUUAUCUCCUACAUCUGAAAUAAUUAAACAAAAAAAUUUAACAUUAAAAUAUUUAAAAAUGGAUCUGCAACGUCUCGAUUCAUCAAAAAUUCUUGCAAGAUUAUUUGAUAGAUUAGUACGAAUUCUAUUAGAACGUGAAGAUUAUGGUCCAGCGACAAAAUUUCUUCCGAUUAUUAAAGAAUUUCAGUCGACAUCGCAAGCAAUUAUGGUUUGUGAUGAUGAUUUUUACUAUCAUCCAUUUACGGUCGCUACCUUAGAUGAAUAUUCAAAUAAAUUUCCAAAUAGUAUUAUUGGCUUCAGAGGUUGGCGAGUUCGCGAAGAUCUUAUUUGGGGUGUAGGUGGUAAAUAUGAAAUGGCUUAUCAUAUAAUCCAAUCACAUUAUAUUUCUGCAGUGUAUCGUGUUGGCGUCGUCACAGCUAAUUCUGCUUAUUUAAUCCGUCCACUAUUUUUUGAUAAUCAUAUAUAUCUCUAUUUCAAUCAAGUUCCUAAUGAUAUUCGUCGUGUUGAUGAUAUUUGGUUAAAUGGUCAAGCAUCAAUAAGAAAUAUAGCUCGUUAUGUUAUUCCAUCAUGUUGUCCACAUAUAGGUGUUACUCAUACUCAUGUACUUGAAGAAUAUUUAGGAAAAAAUAAUAUGAGUCGAAUAUCAGCUAAUAAUCAUGCAUUACAAUGGUUUAGUGGGAAUUGGGAACAAAAUUUAUGGUACAAAUUUAAUGGAGAAAAUGCACCAAAAUAUCGAAAUUGGUGGAUAAUGAUCUAUCGAGAAUGGAUUAGUAUGAUGUUAUAUUUUAAAUUUAUUAUUUAUUUUGGUGCUAUAUAA